UGGAUUUUCAAAUCAACAGCAGUUGAAUUUUUUUCGUAGAAAUACAAUGACGUAACUCUUUCCAAAAAAAAACUUGGCAGGUGUUCCCAGAUUUUGAAGAGUAUAAAUAUAGAAGCGAUAGUAAGAAGGCUGUAAUAAUACAGCGUAUGCUCGCUGCUUAUGCAAACAAGCUGUUUAGUUUUUGGGAAUAACGCGCAAUGGACGAAGAGUGUACAUUGACGAGUGCCACUUUAACACGAAUGAAGCAUAUUUAUAGUUUGGCAGAGGACUUCACAGCUAAUUGUCGAGAUAAAUCGGAAGUGGUGAUGAAAAGCUUCGAUAUUUCUGGCUCCGAAUUGGCAUUAAAUCUGGGACAUACCGCCAUAUUCAAGGGCCUGCUCUGUUCGGCUUCACGAAGAGAAUUAUACGGCGUUUGCUACACCGCAUUUUAUAAGUUCUAUCAAGACCUGGCCGUCUUAGACAAGGGGACGCUUUUCCUUCGUGAUGAAUGCCGGGGACUUGCGCAUACAUUUCGUCAACAGCAUGUGAAGUAUGGGUACUCCCUACCAGAACUGAGCGAAGUGGAUAUGGAAGGUAAAUUGAAUGGCUUGAUGCGUAUUUUUGUCGCUGAAGAUCCCAUGUUUAUCGACAUGUUCCACGGGCAUCCUCCCAAAGCGUUGGUCAAAGCAGCGCGAGAUUAUGAGCUGAGUUAUGAAUUGUACCUGAGUCUGGACGAUCUGGGAGAAUUCCUUUGGAAUAACAUUGAAUAGACAAUUCACUUGUCAAUUGAACAAUAAAUAUAGACGAAGUCUCAUGGCUCAUUACAAGCAACAAUGAAUACAGACGAAAGGCAGAGACGAAACUUUCAUAGCAGGAACUAUCGACAGAACAACCGGAACCAGCUGUGGGUUAAAAGAGUGAGCCUGAUAUUUAGGCAACUAAACACCCAAAAUACUGCUGACAAAUGAGACACUGCACGUUCUAAGGGUAUAGGCAUAGGCAGGUUUUGGCAGAUACAUACUUAAUUUAAUACCAGUGCAUUUCCGUCGGAGGCAAAUUGUUAUUAGGUGGGCUCAACUAAGGGGGUUUGGGGGAAUGUUCCCCCCAAAAAAUGUUGCAUGUGCGAAGGCUCGGAAGAGCGUUUUCCGUGUUUCCUAAGAGGAAUUUUCUGUGUUUCCUGGGAGGAAUUUUCUGUGUUUCCUGAGAGGAAUUUUCUGUGUUUCCUGAAAGGAAUUUUCUGUGUUUCCCGAGAGGAAUUUUCUGUGUUUCCUGGGAGGAAUUUCUUGCACUUAAAAAUUCAAGAUUUUGUAAUGCACUUUAUAACUUAGUUCAUAAAUUUCAUUAACUUAGUUCAUAAAUUUAAUUAACUUAGUUCAUAAAUUUAAUUAACUUAGUUCAUAAAUUGGGUAUAAUUUCACGUAAAACUGUUGUUAUAUAUUUUAUAUAAUGAUCUUUAGACGAAAGGCAUUUGCUUUAAAUCGACAGAAACUGUUUCAGUAUAACCAAAGGAGAAUCUGUCCCUAAAUAUUUUUAUUAUCCAUAAUAUUUUGUAAAUGUAACAAAUGUGUGUAUCUAAUUGUACACCAUAGUAUUAUGCUAUUAAAUUAUUUUGUAGAAGAAGAAUUGAGUAUAUAAUAUAUUUCAUACAAUCCAAUAUUAAAUCAGUACAUAUGAUUUUUAUGAUUAUGCUGAAUAUAUUUUUAUUGUUAACUGAGUCUAAUAGGGUCAAGUGCGUUCCAGUACAAAUUGCACUAUCUAUUUUACAAUGGAAAAUAAGUCACAUUUGUAUUAAUGUAUGACCAAAGAAACUCACACACAAACGACUGAUCAUGAAAGUCUGAUUGAAAACUGUUGAAUAAUUUUCAAGAUUGCUUUUUAAUUUAAAAGACAUGCAAUUUUAGGGACCGGUAUUAUUUAUGGCAGAAUCAGAAUCAGUUUUAGCAGCAGCAGCAGCAGGGCUGGCACCCAAGAGAAAAGGGUUGGGUAUACAAAAUUUUGAGCGAGUAAAAGUUUGGGUGAAUGAAAAACAAAACAACUCAAGGGUUGGGUAAUAAAAAGUUUUUGUCAUUUCUAUGACUCACUCAAAUAUGGGAGACAAAAAAACAAUGUCAACAAUCAUAUGUCAAUACAAUAUGUAAAUCAGAGUCAUUGUCUUGAUCAUUUUCCGAUUCGUCACGAGGCAAAUGGUGUCUCCAUAGAAAGUACAUGUGCAGACAACAUGAAACUUUAGACUGCAAAAAAUUGCACAAGCAGUUAUCAAACGCAUGUCACAGAAGUGGUCAAGGACAUGUGUGACAACUGAAUGGUAUCCUUUUGUAAAGUUUCUGCAGGCAUGGGUCGGUAUGUAUUUUUUAUUGAUAUUUGAGUUUGGGUAAAUUUUUUUGGACUUUUUAAUCGGGCUGGAUCUUCAGUGCCAUGCACCUCCCCCCCCCCAAAAAUAAUGACCGGACCUCAAUAAUUUACAUAAAUUUCCAAAACGUUAUGGAAAUUGACAAUGUCAAGCGUAAUGUACUAUUUAUUUCCAAAUAGUUGACCUUUCAGUAACCUCUUCAUAGAGACCAAAACUGCCACCAUCGCCCAAUUUACCCAAACGCUCUUCAUUGAUCGUCCCAAAUACGUCACGUAAGCUGGUUAUGGCGUACUCAAUCUCGCUGACAAUUUCGUAGUUAAUAACCAACUGCUUAUGCUGACGUAACAACUCCGACCCAGACCCCUCGCCGUGGGUACUCGCAUAGCGAGACUCUGGCACACUCUUUAUGUACUGGUCGGCAAGGCCGGGCAAUCUUGCUUGAAAUUGAUUAAAUUUCUCUCUUGUUGUCGCUAAAUCUGGAACAGACCACCCGUUUACUUCCAAAGCAUUUUCAAACACGUUACAAACGUUUUGCAAAUGCUCGUUUUGGCGUUUCAGUAACUUUUUGAUCUCCACAUUUUCUGUGUAUUCGUACAGGUAGUGUACGAAUAGGGAAGCUAGAUAGUACAACGGCAAACUCUUUUCAAGGGUGUUAUGAAUCGAACUUUCACUUUCGCUUUCGCUAAAACGGAGAAGCGAAAUCUCCCCGCCUUUCAGUAAGCUCAUGCAGGCAAGAUUAAAAUCGCAAAAACUUCUUGCCGGGACAUUCACCAAUGAUAAAUCUUUAGCCAAAUUUUGUUUGAUUUCGUAGAUAUCGGUUAACGGUUGAAUGUUGGACCAAAUCUCUCCGAGCCUGUAUCGGUCCGGUGUUCCAGUAUCGUCGCCAAAGUCAUCAGCAUCGAUGAUGAUAAUUUUCACUACGCUUUCUAUCAAAUUUUCAGCCAAGUUACACUUUCCACCAAUUUUCUUAUCGCUGUGAAAAUCGACCAAAGUCUCGUGAAUUUCUUCUCUGACAGUGAGUUUAACAUUAUCUGUGACAUCGUGGUCUAUUUGGGGCUCUUCCAUGAUGUUAACUAGUGUGUG